UCACAUAGUAGAAAAAAAGACAUUUCGUCACAGGCAUCUAAUUAAUUUUAUUAUAUUUAGGAACAGCAUUAGACCGUUCACCAGUAUCAUUUAUCUCCUCAUCAGAACUAACAGCGAAAAAUUUUGAGGAAAAUAUUGAAGAGCAUUUAUUCCCUUCGGGUCUACUUUUAUUCUCCUUCUGUGGAUUUCUGCUAAUUUUCCUCGUUGGAAUUUUUCUUUUUCGAAUUUUCAAAAGCUCCGAGAGAGAAAUGUUAUCGUCUUCACAUUCUCGAGAAUUACAAAUUGUUUUGGUACCCAAAAAUAGAUUAAUUAAAAAUUCUCCAAUAUUCCCCGUGAAAGAAGAAAAUUUGGAAGAAGAACAAAAAGAAUUGUUGAAUGAACAGCAACAACCUGUAAUUAGUGGAAGGAAAUUAUUCCCCAAAAGAAUUUAUGAAAUACAAGCAGAAGAAGGAUAUUACUCUUGCCCGCCGUCUAUGAGGGCUAGUUUUGAGGCUGAUUAA